AUGGAUACACAAGCAGCUUUCCCUUCUCCCGCCUUCCCUUUGGAUGCUGUGAAAGGCCAUAAGAGGAGGGAUGGACCAUUACAAGCUGCAAAACGGAAUGCCUCCCUAGCAUCCAAAAUCAAAACGAGGUUAAUGAAUAACUCAUCUAUGUUUAAAGUAUCUUUAAAACAAAAUAAUAAAGCAUUAGCUGUGGCUUUGAGUGUGGAGAAAGAAAACUCUCGGAAGCUAAAGAAUGAGAAGAUUUUUCUUCAGAAGGAAGUCAAAAAGUUACAGCUUCAUAAUAUUUUGCUUCGUCAAAAACUAAACUACUUGAAUAAAACUCUUACAGAAAUAGAAGCAUUUUUGAAUUAUAACCUCUUAACUGCAAUAGAAAUAAGCAGUCUUUCUGAGAACCUUCCGAGCUCUCUCCUUCUGUCGGCUGGUCCAAGUAGCCCUGCUGAUGGCCAGUCUGAGAGUGUCUGUCAGCUUGCUAGAUCUGUAGAAUUGCCAGUGAAGCUUCCUUUAACUGUAUCGGGUAACACAAAACAACAAGAAAGCCCUUCUCUUUGUGAAAUACCAAAUUCUUCUAAGUCUGCCACUGUUUUGUCAAAGGAAAUGCAGUCUGAUCAAGUCAAAUCUGCAUUAGUAUUGCCUUCUGGUACAGAUAAUUACAAGUUAAUUGAAAUAGACCCAGUGGAAACAACUUUUUACAAAAAUGUGUUUUCAAAAGAAAAUCAGUUACGCACAGAUGUAACUUGCGGUAGUGCCUUCCUGACUCGUGUCAAAAAUACACCAUCUUUAAGAGAGUGUGAGGAGCUUACAAAACAAUACAAUGGUAGCUCGUUGCCCUUCUAUGGAAAUACGACUGAAAGAAAGAAACAUGCAGUACUUCUUACGUUAAAAACUAAACCUGAUGCAAAGGAUGAAGGAGGUACCUCAGAUCUUCCUCAUCGUGGUAUCAACAGCAGCAGCAACACCAAUGACACAAAUUUGAAGGGAAGUUCAAGUGACUUGACUCACGUUAUUCCUUCACCUCUUAAAUUGAGCUAUGAAAGUAAGGCAGAUUUUAAGAAUCUGAUUUUUACUGACAAGAUGAAGCCUGAAGAAACUGUUUAUGAUGCUGAUAUGGAAUUGACUGCCAGUGAUGCAGGUGAGCUAUUCACAGUUACAGCAAAAGACAAAGUACACCGAAAUAAAAACAGUAAUGUCAAUUCUGAUAAAAUAUUAGCAAAUUUCAGGAAAGCAAAACAUGCUAAGAAGGAUAAAGAGAAAAUUAAAAGCAAGACUGAAGUAAGUUCAAAUUGGUGUGCAGAAGAAAAGUACACUAGGACUGACAGUAAUGCAGUUCCAAAAACUAGUGACUUGCAAACUCAGCUGUGCCAAAGUCAGACAGAACAGCUACCUCCAAGGAAUUCUGUAGGGAAGCAGAAUUUGCUAAAUACCAGCAAAUGUUACGAAGCACAAAACGGUCCAAGUGAAGCUGAAGAUACUAGGAGGGCAGACCAGGGUAACUUAAUGAGUCCAAGAAAACAGGAGACAAAUACAGAAACUUUCUCAGAAACAUUGGAAGACAUGGAAACCAAACUACAAAGAGCAGACUCAAACUCAUAUAUUAACAAGAUCCUGCCAGAAGUUUAUUCUGCUGAAAAUUUACCAUUCCAAGGUAACGCUUCUGAUGAGGGGGACUUUCUGCAUAUGAAUGAGAAAUGUAACAGACCAAAAAUAAAUAGGAAAACUUUUCAAAACCCUUGUAAAGGGCACACAGCAAAGGACUGUAGAGAGGAGGAGGCACAGUGUAGAGAAUAUAUUUCAAAAAAGUCUCAAACAGAGAUACAUCAACAUGACAGCAAGAGAGAACAGGACCAGAAGAAUGUUAUAAAGAGAAAAUACAACAAAAAAAGUAAUUACAGACAAAGUGGAGAAACUGCAAGUGACCGCGUUCAUAAGCGUACUCAGAAAGCAGACCAAAAGAGUAACCAUUUCUCACCAGGCAGAUUAAAACGUACAUUGGCAAAGGCUAGCCGGAAGAUGUAUAUAAUACCCCCCCAAAAUGUUACACAGGUCUCGCUUCGUAAAAAUGAAGAUUUAAAAAAUAAAGGUGCAACACGUGCAGAGGCUGUUCAUGGAGAUAAAAUAACUGAAACUGAGCAAAUGCAGGUAGCUUUAGUUACUCAGAAUGGUGUAGCUACAGAGCAAGUUGGUGAUGAUGCCAAUACAUUAAAAAAAGGAGAUUCAUCGUCAUCAGUGGUACAUAAAGCCCCUCUCUGCAGUAAUUCUCCUGACAGUCAGGUAAAGAGCAAACAGAGCUUUAGUUCUGAUGAUACUGAGACUAGACCAGAAAAUAAUUACGUCAGGCAUAUUGAUCAGGGAGGGCAGAAUAUUUUGCGCCUCCAGGAAGUCCUUCAUGAAACGGAUUCAUUUAUGAGCGAGCUAAAGCCUACAGUUCAAAAAUCAGAACUGAAGUGUUCUAAGAAUAUGCUGUUAAAUGUAGAUAGCUUUUUCCAGGGAGGUCAUUCUGAUGUGGAGCUCCCAGCCCCUGAUGACCACAGUGUUUCCGUGAACUCUGUGCUGAAAACCUCUGAAAUCUGUGCUGGAAGUGAUCAUAAUGAAGUACUGGCUGCUGAAAAAGCAGAACAAAACCUGGAUCCUAGUCUUGAAGAGACUUUCAGAAAGUCUCUGACACCUUGUGGGAGAAAGGUUUUGCAAGAUCUGACAAAUACUAGAAUAGGAUCUCGCGCUUGCCUAACUACAUCAUCUGAAACUUCAGAAGAAAACUCAGCAGCACGAUCUAGACGAGCAAGAGCCAGUAUUUGCUACAAAGAACCCAGUACACACAGCAAAUUAAGGCGUGGGGAUCGGUUUACAGAUACACAAUUUCUGGAUUCCCCAAUCUACAAAGUAAAAAAGAAAACAAGUUUUAAAAGUAAAUCAAAAUUUAUUUGA